ACAAAAUAUUUGACAGAUUUCAGUAUUAUUAUGGUCAUCCUAUACGCACAUUUGUAUUAUUUUCGAGUGUAAAGGCAAUUAAAUGUUACAAAAUUCUAGUAUUAGUGCGAAGUUUAUUAACCCGGGACGAAGCUGAAGAUUUCACAUGCUGAAUGUGUCGAAGUACAAGCACAUCGUUGUAAGUGAUAAAGGUGAUAAAUCGAAGUGUUUACCCUGUUUACCGUUGUCACUGAAUUGGUGAUUGAUCUUCUGUUGAGUUGGUUUGAUUCACACACACCCACAUAUAGAUGACUUAAAUGAAACAACGUGAAACCGAAUUUAUCGUAUCCAUUGCUAUCGAAAGCUGAACACCCCAAAAUGGACGAAUCAAGUGAUUCAGACGAUUCAGAAGUGAUAAAUUUUCAAGAUGCUACCGAUUCGGACGAACCAGACGAACCUCACAAUGAUGACUCAAAUGUGGAUAGCAGCAGCAGCAACAACAAAGAUCGAAUUGUGCGACAAAAAUAUGAAAUUCUGUCCACUAGUGGCUUAAUAAGUUACAUGAAAAACGACACACAGACAGUAGUUAAUAUUUUGCUUCUGAGCGAGCCCAUUGCAAGACUGUUGAUGAAUCAUUUUAAAUGGAAUGUCGAGAAUUUGAUGAAUGACUAUUACGCUGCACCCAGUUUGGAUGUGUUUUUCGAGUCAUUUGGUAUCGGUAAUCCGGAAUCACUCACAUAUACCGUCGCUGAUCCAAUCAUUGAAUGCGGAAUUUGCCUUCUACCAUUUACGGAAGUCAGAGCGAUGAGUUUUGUGUGUGGACAUCAAUUUUGUGACACUUGUUGUUGUCGAUAUUUUGAGGAGAAAAUCCUGAAUGAUGGUGAAGCCAACAAGAUCCGAUGUCCGCACUCCAGUUGCAAAAUGUUAAUCGAUGAUGACACGGUAUUGAAUUUGAUAUCUAAGAACGCAAGACAGCGCUGGGAAACACUGAUUGCCCACACCUUCGUUAUAUCACAUCCGUUAAUGCGGUACUGUCGUUCCGAAGACUGUGAAUAUGCGGUUAAAGUAAAGGUGGUGGAACCCAUUCAAGUGAUAUGUAAAUGCGGCUACGAGUCGUGUCUUGAAUGCGGCGAGGUGUGGCACGAUUCCGUUACAUGUGCCCGGCUCAAAAAAUGGAUCGAAAUCAUAUUGGUAGAUGUGGAAAGCGCCAAGUGGAUGAAGGAACAUGCAAAACAAUGUCCGAACUGUAAGAUAAAUAUUGAGAAGAAUGGAGGCUGUAAUCAUAUGUCCUGCAGAUCGUGUCACCAUGAGUUUUGUUGGGUGUGUUUGCGGAAUUGGCGUGAACAUGGAUCGUGUAACCAGUAUCAGGAAGACGGCAGUAAUUUGACUGAGAGACUGAUACAUUACAGCGUGCGAUACAAUAAUCACAUACGGUCAGUACAACUGGAGCGCGGAUUGUAUAAUUCAGUGGAAAGUCGAAUGAAAAACUUGCAAGGAACUGAAGGUCUGACGCGGAACGAGGUAAUCUUCUUGAAACGUGCCAGCGAAAGUCUGCGACGAUCGAGACAAAUGCUGAUCAGCACUUAUGUGUUUGCAUUCUAUUCGAAGCGAUGCAAUCAACUGGCGAUCUUCGAGGACAAUCAACGUGAUUUGGAACUUGCGACUGAAGAUUUGUCAUGGUUCCUCGAACAGGAAAUCACCAACGAAAGUAUUGUCACAAUAAAACAAAAACUCCAGGAGAAAUCUACGUAUUGCGACCAUCGUCGCAGUGUAUUAUUGGGACAUAUUCAGGAAGGAUACGAUAACAGAUAUUGGGAGCUGGAAGACUUGUUAUGAAUUUAGUGAAAUCCUUUAUUUUUCUAUGUAAAGAAAACUUGUUGAAUAAAUAAGCA